AUGAGUAUCGUAGUUGCGAAUGCAGAAAGCAACUCUCCCUACUUUGAGCACUAUCCCGGCCUCGACCUCAAUGAGCAUGUCCAGAUUUUAGAUAGCUGCGAAUCGGGUGCGGAUGAAAGCAAAGCCAUCAAAAGAGCUAUACCCAUUAUCUUGAAUACAAAGCUGCCGGCUACUAUCCCUGCAUGGAAGGUUUUCGUUCUGCCUUUGUCUCGGAAGAAGUGCUUCAUAGCAUUCUUCUACUCGCAUACACUGGGGGAUGGCAUGUCUGGAUUGGCUUUCCACCAGAGCCUACUGACCGCUCUCGAGAAAUGCAUCAUGGACAUGGAGCUCGAUGGUUCGCCGACAACAAAAAGGAUAGCGCCAGCAUUUGACACUCCCGAGAACCUGCCGAUUUCCUGGUCUUUCUUCCUGGCAACGCUGCUUGGAAUUUUUCUUCCGAAACGCUUUGUAUCGAUACUGGGGCUCAGAGCCCCAUCCACUUUUGUCUCAAGUGGCACCUGGACUGCAUCUCCAGUGUUCUAUAAUGCUGAAAAGCACGCUACAGGCGUUCAGACACUGACUAUUGACGGGGUUAUUGUUGCUCAGGUCCUAAAAAUAUGUCGAAGUCAUGGUACGAAGCUUACAGGACUUAUUCACCAAUUGAUAGUCCAUGCCCUGUCACAAGCUUUGUGUUCAACACCCGACGCUGAAUAUUUUGCCGCACAAACAGCAUUGAGUCUUCGUGGAGCUCUCAACGUAUCAAAGGACGAGAUAGGGAACUUUCUUUCUGGCCACAUGGAGACAUUCCGCAGGAAGAAGUUGAUGAGCGGCGAGACGAAGCCUACAGUCGAUUGGGCGGCAGCCAAAUCGACUACGGAGCAUCUAGCCGCUGCAUCUACAACUCCCAAAGACCAACCAAUAGGUUUACUUCGAUACGUGAGUGACAUACGAUCCUGGACCUUGUCCAAGAUUGGCGAACAGCGGGAUUGUUCUUACGAAGUAAGCAAUCUGACUCGCUUCCAGCCUGAAAGUACUGCGCAGAAAUGCGCAGUGGUCGAGAUGCUAUUUUGCCAGGCGGCGAAUGUCACAGGCCCCCCAUUGAAUGUCAAUGUGGUCAGUGUCGCGAACGGCCCGCUCACUAUUGCUGUUAGCUGGCAGAUUGGUGCUCUGGGUCUAGCUGUCGAAGAAGAUGAGGAGAGCUUCGUCAACAGCAUUUGCCACAACAUUGAGCUCGGGUUCGAACAGUUGGCGUCGGGUUCCAAAAGCUGA